AUGGCCGCCAGCAAUGACCUUCGUGGCUGGGUUAUGAGCGCCGUGUCUGGCGUGGCCUGUAUUCUGGGUUCCGCCGUUGUCUGCGCCGACCUCGUCUUCCGCCGCUUCUCCCACCGCAAGGACUUUCAGAUCGUCACCAACAAUGGCUUUCUUUCGGCUUCGCUGUGUCUUAGUGCGGGUGUUAUGCUCUUCACCUCUCUCUACAGCAUGCUGCCCACCUCGAAACGGUACCUGACCAAGGCGGGCUGGUCACCUCGAGCUUCAGCGUACGCCCUGAUCGGUCUAUUUCUCGCUGGCGUUAUUGUGAUUCGCCUCCUCUCCGGUCUUAUUCACCGUUAUAUACCCUCGCAUGUCGUCGAUUGUGCCCAUACCCAUGAGCCAGAGCAUGACCCGGAACGCGGCCAAGCUGAAGAACCUGCGCUGGGCGAGAGUGAAAAUCUGGACGUCGAUGGAAGCACGGAACGCACGCCACUGCUCAAACGGAUCGAGCCCCGUUCGUUCACAUCCACCCCCGCUGUCCUCCAGGCCAGGCAGGCUGUGCCACGGAACGUACACAAGAAAGAACCCCUCCGAAUGCGUUUGACUCGGCAGCUCAGUGUGCUUGUCGGUGGGGUGAAACCCUUGUGCGAUGAAAAUGGUCCUUGCUACGGAUUUUCUCAGACCUGUGGUGGCGAAUGUACCAAGACCCUCAUUGCGAAGCCAACGAAUCUGUCAGACGAGAAUACGCAUCAUCUGAGACACCACCGGAGUAUGACUCGGUUUGAAGAACCCACGUGGCCGGGUGAUGAUGAAGAGAGUGGCACCCUCCAGGUCCCAGCUAGAUGGCCCCGGGGUCAUCCCCGCGCUUUCUCCGAAGGUGCUCAGCGGAUUAGUUACUUGGAUGGGAGCAGCUCUUCCUCGCAUAGUGAAUAUUUUGAACAUCGAUGUAAAUCGCCUAAUAAUGCACCCUCUGACGAUGUCCACGACCAACAACAAGGAGAAGAAGAUCAUGAAGAUCAUCAGCAUUCGCCACAGCAUCACCACCACGUCCCCCAGAAUGCCUUCCUAGCCAUCGGUCUUCAAACCUCGGUGGCCAUCGCCUUGCACAAACUUCCUGAGGGCUUCAUUACCUAUGCCACGAAUCAUGCCAGCCCUACUCUUGGUAUGACCGUCUUCCUCGCGCUAUUUAUCCAUAACAUCAGCGAAGGCUUCGCCAUGGCCCUGCCUCUCUACUUAGCUCUCAACUCGCGCUGGAAGGCCAUGUUCUGGUCUAGCUUGCUGGGUGGUAUUAGCCAACCUGCCGGUGCUGGUCUGGCCGCUCUCUGGAUUUGGGGUUCACAGAAAGCCAGCGGUGAUCAUGGGUCUGAGAUGUCCGGUCCAUCCUGGGGCGUGUACGGGGGCAUGUUCGCAGCGACAGCUGGUAUUAUGACCUCAGUGGCACUACAGCUGUUCAGUGAGGGCUUGUCCUUGACACAUAAUCGGAACUUGGGAAUUGGAUUCGCCAUUGCGGGCAUGGGUUUGAUGGGUUUGAGUUUUGCUCUGACGGCAUGA